AUGGCCAGCGCAAUCCAGUCGAUCAUUAUGAACCCGUCGUACCACGACCUCCUGGCCGUGGUCAAGGGCGCGCGCAACGGUCUCGUCUACGGCGUCAAGGUGCGCUUCCCGCACGCGCUCGUCAUGGCCGCCCUCUUCUCCCACAAGCCGUGGAGCCAGCGCAUCCACGGCAUCCUGACGGCGACGCGCACGCACGCGCUCAGCCUCGCCAAGUUUGUCACCAUCUACAAGGUGCUUCUGCUGGUGCAGAAGAAGCUCAACGGCGGCAAGGAGCGUGAUCUCGACACGUUCAUCGCUGGCGGUCUCGGCGGUUGGUGGGUCUUUGGCGAGAGGACGCCGAUCAACGAGCAGAUCGUCCUCUACAUCAUGUCGCGCGCGCUCAUCACGCUCGUGCCGCGCCUGUACAACACGACGCCAAACCCACCAAAGUACCCCUUCUCGCCGCUCCCCCACCCGCUCCCCGGUCUCACGACCCCCGAGGCCAACCCCCGCCCCAUCCCCCCGGCCGCCUCGCCGUUCGCUCUCAUCGCGGCCCUCUCGUGGGCAGGCGUCAUGUACAUGUUCCGCCACCGCGGCGAGCGUCUCCAGCCCGGUAUCGUCAACUCGAUGCGCUACCUCUACCACGACUCCGAGUCGUGGCACAACCUCAAGACCCUGCUCUGGCACAACAAGUAA